GAAGAAGACUCAAAAUGGCAUGCAGUAACCAAGAUGAGCCCAUGGAGGUUACUGACGCAUGCCAGCAGCCUCAUGACAAGUUGGCUGAGUGUUGCUACUUUCUCAAUGAGGAAAGACACUGCAGAAUCAGCGGCGGCUUUGCGCAUGCGCGCGGUGAUUUCAGUCCGGACGUGACGUACGUCUCCUCUGGGCUCUGACUGCAGUCACUGCGUCACGUCAGACGCCACAAAAGUCUCCAAUAAUACCAGAACAAAGAAGAAGGUCAAGUUUUUCUCUCAGUCAAGUGGUCAGAGGGUUUUCCCCGGCAGAAAUAUAAAGUUGAACUGGAGAAGAUGCUUCAGAGUUGGGCCAACAAUCACAACAACAAAUACUCUGGAGACUGCAAUGUGUUGAAUAUCUUAGAAGACAGGAUUGCAGUUAUAAGUCUUCAACCUGCUCCAGCGCUGAGUGAGCUUCAGAAACUAAGUGGACAACAACUGGUGGCAAAAGAUGGAAAAAUGGUCACAAUAUCGGCUAUUUCUUUGACACCGUUUGAGAAACAAGCACCAGAGGAAGCUUCAGGAAAGGUCCCUCCUUCAUCCGUGUCAGAGCAUCAUGAUGAGGAAGAGCAACCUUCGGUGCAGCAUAGAGCAGACCCUACAGAAGGAGAGGAGUGCACUUGUCCUGUCCCAGUGAACGAUUUCUGCUACGUGACCCACAUCCACAAGAAGGAAAUGGAACGUAUUGCGAAAGAGAAUGGAGUUACUAUCACGGCAGAAGUGCUUGUGACGUUUAAAGAAGGAUCGAUGAAUGGAGGCCCUCAAAAAGCUCUCUCUGAGUUCACAACCCUUGUCCAAUCUUGUGAAUCAAAUGGCUCAAUUAUUCCUCUCAAAGAAGUGAAUUCAGACUGGAAGGACACAAUAAAAAUCCAGAGAAUGGAAAACAAGCUUCUGCUUACCGUAUCGCCUGAAGAGAUGACCAUAUUUGGGCCAAGUCAAAGUCAAGAAGCCUUCAGAAAGUCUUUAACCCCAAACACAAACACCAGACCCUGGUUGGGAGAGUCUCCAGUGCUGUCUCAAGACACUUCCCUGAACAAUGGCAUGAGCACCCCAGACCCGCUUGUCAUUGAUGGCCUGACCAUGGAGGAGAGCUACUGGAAACUGAUAACCAUUUCCUUCAGCAAUAAAUUGGCUGAUAUCAAAACUAAGUUCGGUGUGGACUUUAAAGAAUCGUUUACCCAACCGGGCAAAGUCAAAGUCAAAACUUGCUACUACAAAAAAUCUGGAGGAAACAUGUCAAUGGAGAGCCACGCUGUCAGGGCUCUUCUUCAUCUGUACCAGAAGACUGCAACAUCACCUAUGAACUAUGCCCGACAACCGGGUGCCAUUGGACGGACUGACUCUGAGUCGGACGAAGCCUCCGGUGGACGUGGGUUCAAUGGACAGUCGGGAUACAACACUGAAGCACCCGCAGAAGGCGGAGCAACAGCAGGCAACUCAGCAGAAGACAAAGAGUGUCCUAUAUGCAAAGAUACAUUUAAUAAUAAGAAGCAGCUCAGGUGUAAACAUGAAUUUUGUAAAGAAUGCCUGGAUAGAUCAACCAUGAGCAUGGGACCCAUCUGUCCGGUUUGCAAAGACGUCUUCGGUCUGAUGGAGGGAAUGCAGCCACCAGGGAAUAUGACGUGGACUUCAUGUCCCGAUAACGUCCCUGGAUUCAAAAACUGUGGCAGUAUAAUCAUCCACUAUAAUAUAUUCGGUGGAGUACAGACGAAGAAGCAUUCAAAUCCUGGGAAGCGUUUUGAAGGUAUUCAAAGAACCGCAUAUCUGCCAAAUAACCAAGAGGGCAAAGAAGUGCUGCACCUGUUAAAGAAAGCGUUUGACCAGAAGCUCAUUUUCACUAUUGGGACGUCCGUAACGACUGGGAUGGACAAUCAAGUGACCUGGAACGAUAUUCACCACAAAACCUCUAUUACUGGGGGACCAGAGAGGUUUGGGUACCCUGAUCCUGGCUACCUGAGCAGAGUCAAAGAGGAACUGAAGGCCAAAGGCAUCAAGUGACGACUUCCAGGGAAAGUAAAGGAGAGAUGUUUUCAUACAAAAAAAAAAAUGUAUAUGAUCAUGUAGAACAAGCAAUUACUGUAAUGCACAUAUUAUUGAAUUUGUUUCUGUCUCUUAAUUUUUCAUAUGAUCAGUAUGGGUGGCUUUGAGGUGUGUCAGACAGCAUUUGCAUCUGAAAAGUUUAUCGUUUAGUAGAAUGUAUUACCUUCCCUUAUGAAACCUAACUUUCUUUAAUGAAGGAUUUCUCAUUAUUUAGUUGAUCGAUAAUAUAUAACAGAACAAGAUGACAUUUGAUUAUAUAAAUUUAACUUUAUGACUACAGUACGCGAUCUGAUUUACAAUUUGCAAUAAAUGAUUAAACCAA